AUGACAGAGAACUCGGACAAAGUUCCUGUCGCCUUGGUGGGGCCUGACGACGUCGAGUUUUGCAGUCCCCCGGCAUACGCCACGGUGACGCUGAAGCCCUCCAGCCCCGCGCGGCUGCUCAAGGUCGGAGCCAUGGUUCUUAUCUCGGGGGCGGUGCUGCUGCUCUUCGGGGCCAUCGGGGCCUUCUACUUCUGGAAGGGGAGCGACAAUCACAUUUACAAUGUCCAUUACACCAUGAGUAUCAAUGGGAAAUUACAAGAUGGGUCAAUGGAAAUAGAUGCUGGGAACAACUUGGAGACCUUUAAAAUGGGAAGUGGAGCUGAAGAAGCAAUUGAAGUUAAUGAUUUCCAGAAUGGCAUCACAGGAAUCCGUUUUGCUGGAGGAGAAAAAUGCUACAUCAAAGCUCAGGUGAAGGCUCACGUUCCUGAGGUGGGCACCAUGACCAAGCAAAGCAUCUCCUCCGAACUGGAAGGCAAGAUCAUGCCAGUUAAAUAUGAAGAAAAUUCUCUUAUUUGGGUGGCUGUAGGUCAGCCUGUGAAGGACAACAGCUUCUUGAGUUCUAAAGUCUUGGAACUCUGUGGCGACCUUCCUAUUUUCUGGCUUAAACCAACAUAUCCAAAAGAAAUCCAGAGAGAAAGAAGAGAUAUAGUGAGAAAAACUGUUCCAACUACUACAAGAAGACCACGCAGUGGACCACGGGGCAACCCAGGCCCUGGAAGACUGAAUGAAACCAGACCCAGUGUUCAAGAGGACUCAGAACCCUUCAAUCCUGAUAAUCCUUACCACCAGCAGGAAGGAGAAAGCAUGACAUUCGACCCCAGACUGGAUCACGAAGGAAUCUGCUGUAUAGAAUGCAGACGGAGCUACACACACUGCCAGAAGAUCUGUGAACCCCUGGGGGGCUAUUAUCCAUGGCCUUAUAAUUAUCAAGGUUGCCGUUCAGCCUGCAGGGUCAUCAUGCCAUGUAGUUGGUGGGUGGCCCGUAUCUUGGGCAUGGUCUGA